AUGAACACAAUAAUGAUGUACGCUUCAGCUUGUAUUCUCGUUCUUAUUUCUUUAUCGUAUUUUGAAUGCAAAUCAAUUGGCACUGGUGAUUCAUUUAUGCCGUUGUUAUUCUCACCGGUGGUUGGUGAUGAUGCAGGAAUUGCAAGCACGGGUUCAUUUUCUAAUCCACGUGUUUUAUCGAUGAUUGAGCAAAUCAUCAAAUAUUUAUCUACUAUUAAAUCCAAUGAUUUAUUUAUUGAUAAUUUAGUUGCAAAGCAAUCAUCGGUAACACAAAAAUAUAAAUUAUUAUUAUUUUUAAAAAAAUGUUUUGAAAGUACAAUUGAACGAAUUAAUCAGGAACUUGUUCAACCAUCCAAUGACAAGUCAACCUUAACACUCGAGGAUUUCCAACAAGCUGAAUUAAAAGUACAAGAUAUAUUACAAGUUAUACAAAAACGAUUAGCAAUGGUCAAAUCAUAUAUCCCUCCGACAAUGCCAUUUUUGGGAUUUUUUUAA